AGCAGCAUCCACCGCCGCCGCCGCCGCCACCACCACCGCCGCUUUUGCCACUUUGCCUUCUUGCCGGGCGCGCUAGUUUGUCGUGAGCCCUGAACGACUCGCGCGCGCCAGCCGCAGGUAGUAGAUGGAAGGAAACGGUGGCGCUGGCGGCGGCAGCGGAAGCGCGGCACCGCCCUGGGAUCUCGCCAUGCACUGGGCUCCCUCCGCCGGCUCGUCCUACCCGCAGCAACCCUUGGCGCUGCGUCCUGGCGGCGUGCCCAGCAGCCAGCUCCAGCUGCUGCACCAGCAGCAGCAGCAGCAGCAGCAGGAGCUGACCUGCCUGAAGCUGGGGAAGCGGCCCGCCUGCUGCUGGGCCGGGGCGGCGUUGGGCAGCCAAGUGGUGGCGGCGCAGGCUGGCGCGGGCCUGCCGCAUCAUCUCCACGGCAAUGGCGGCGGCGCCGCCGCUGGUUGUGGUGGUGGUGCGAGUGGGAAAGCUGCUGAGGGUAAGAGGAAGGAGAAGCAGGCGGCGGCGGCGGCGCCGGGCGCGGCGGCCGUGCCGAGGUGCCAGGUGGAGGGGUGCCACGUGGCGCUGGCGGACGCCAAGGACUACCACCGGCGGCACAAGGUGUGCGAGGCGCACUCCAAAGCGCCCCGGGUCGUCGUGCUCGGCGCCGAGCAGCGCUUCUGCCAGCAGUGCAGCCGGUUCCACGCGAUCUCGGAGUUCGACGAAGCGAAGCGGAGCUGCCGCCGGCGGCUGGCCGGGCACAACGAGCGGCGGCGGAAGAGCAACGCCAGCGAGGCCAUGGCUAGAGGCGCUGCGCACCCACACGGAGUGACGGCUUUCGGCCACGGCUUCCUGCCACCGUGCGGCGGCCUCUCGGGGUCCUCGGCUGGUGCUCUCUCUCUUCUGUCAUCAGCCAGAAGCGGCGCGACGAGCGCCGCCCCCUGGCAGGUCACGACGUCGGACAUCUCUGCGCGCUCCAGUGCGGCGCUCGACGACCUUAUCGCCGAGAACCGCGCCGCACUCCUCGCGUGGCAGUACUUCUCGGACCGCUCGUCGUCGGCGCCCGGCCGCCAUUUUGCCUCUUCGUCGUCGACGGCGACGGGUUGCGCCCUCCCGCCGGCCGACGAUCAGCACGCAGCAGCCAGCUGGCGCCCGCACCCCCACAGCGGCGUUGGCGGUGGCCGGCACCACAUGGCGCCGCCCGGUGUGUGGCACACGACGCUGGACCUUAUGCAGACAGCAAGCUCCGCAGCUCCGGCCACCUCCACCGGCGCACCGUUCCGGCCAGUGCCGGAGAGGGCGGGCGCCAGGCCUCGCGGUAAGAGCAAGGACGGCGACGACGCCUCAGGAUGUAGCUUGGACGCGUGGGCACCCGCGGGUGGAGCUCGUGUGCUGUGAUCUGAUCUCGCCGUGCAAUCAGCGAAGGUGAUGGCCAAUUGCUCCUUGCCUGCCCGGCCUGUGGCCGGUGUUGCGGUGCCUGGUGUGCUCCAUGUUCCCAAAGGAAUGUGUAAUCCAAUGUACUUCAGCGUGUGCUUUUGUUAAUGAAUCAAUGGUGUUUAA